ACUACGAAGAUAAUGGGAUCUUCUUGACUUUCCAGAAAUCAAAAUCUUUAGGGUUUCUCUAAAGUCUCUGUGCCGCACUGCGAACUUCUUCUAGUCGAGUACGAAAACCUAAAAUACCAAGCUUAGUUCGGAUUCUGCAGCUAUGAGUCGGUCAGGUCAGCCUCCGGAUCUCAAGAAGUACAUGGACAAGAAACUCCAAAUCAAGCUUAAUGCUAACCGAAUGGUCGUGGGAACGCUUCGUGGGUUUGACCAGUUCAUGAAUCUUGUUGUUGACAACACUGUUGAGGUGAACGGUGAUGACAAAACCGACAUUGGAAUGGUGGUGAUUAGAGGAAACAGCAUUGUGACCGUGGAAGCUCUUGAACCAGUGGGCAGGUCUUCUUAGCUUUGGUAUAUGCAAUCCAGUAAUCAAUCUCUUUGUACUGAGCACUAGUUUUUUUUAUUCCUCUUUUAGAAAACUUGGUGUUAGUCGCAGUUAUUGUGAACUGGUCAGUAAGAAAUCUUCAGGAUUGUUACUCUUUCUUGUACUAAAAGAUUGCGAUGAACCCCAAGAAUGUGCUGGAUAGAUGGGAUUUCAUAUAUUUCUGUGUGUUUAUUUAUCCUAGAUUCAUUGCUUC